AUGCCUGGCGCCAGCCUCGCCGACAUCAGGUUGCUCACACUUGUUAAAAGAUUUGGGUCCGGGCAAGAGAAUUUUGUCUUAAAGGACAUUCCAAAAGCUAUUUUUUCGAGUUUUAACGAGGACAUACGCCCGCGGCUACGUGAAAGCCCAUAUCUACGGUUACCCUACGAUACAAUUCCAGAUCAGCGAACAUUUGUGUACAAAUAUAUGAAUGAUGAUCUCCUAGGUCUCAUUAGAAAGCAAAUACCCAUGCAAGCCCGGAAGCAAAUUCUAAAGGCCAGCUUGCGAGGCAUCGCAGAACUGCACAGCCAUGACAUUGUUCAUCUAGAUAUUAAACCUGAUAACAUUAUGGUUAACUAUCGCGGUACUGGCUUGGAAACGAUCAUUGAGCAGGUUCAGAUCAUUGACCUUGAAAACGCUGCCUAUCUUCCCAAAGGGAGGUGCAUUAAAGGGAUGUUAGCUGGCAACGAUAGCUGGCGUAGUCCAGAGGGCCACCUAAAGGGCGAGCUUAAUAAGCCUUCUGAUAUAUUCUCUUUUGCAGCCGUAUGUAUCUAUGCCAUGCUUGGACAAGUUAUCUUUGGCGCCGAUGAGGAUUUAUACAAACACGAAGCACAGGGCGCAUUCCCUCAUAUUAUUCGCUUACAACGUCAAGUUUCUUUUUUUGGGGAUCGAAAUGGAUUAAAUGGGCUCAUUACACAUGUUGGUGACGAGGAAAUCAACUGCCAAGUCCUUGGGUAUCUCUGGGAUGAUCGAGUGGCCGAUUAUCAUUCCUAUAAGCCAUUUUCAGAAUGGCCAAAUGUCAUCGAUAUCGAGUUCAAGAACCUGAUCUUAAUGAUGACGAACUUAGAUCCUCAAAAGCGGGUAACGGCACGUGAAGCGUUGGAGCAUCCCUGGUUUUCAGGUUAUGAGAUUGAUUAA